AUGUUUUUUGAGUGGUGUGCCAGAUACUUGGGCUACAAGCUGCUUGUUUUAGCCAUACUCUGCAUUGUGAUGAACAUUUUGCUUUAUUUCCCCAAUGGUGAAACGUCACAGGGCCAUCUUGGCAAUUACGUAGGUUGCCUUCAUGGUAUUAUAGGAGGAGGUAUUUUGAUUAUGAUCCCAGCACUUGUGUUUAUUCGAUUACAACAUGAACAAUUUCGUGGAUGCUGUCCAUAUGAGAUCCAUAGGCAAAACUGUGCAAUGCUGGCAUCAAUCUUGGUUGCCUGUAUUGGAAUUCUUGGUGCUGGAUACUGUUUCAUCAUUUCAGCUCUAACUUUAGCCCAUGAACCCUACUGUUAUUCAACAGAUAAGGCCAGGUGCCAUCACCCUCCUGCUGAUAAAGAAGGGAUCCAGUUUGAACACUCUGACUCAUGUCACUGCGAACAGCCAAAGUAUAUCACUGACUGGCACACUGGCUUUUCCUCUGUCCUGCUUGUCCUGAGUGGAAUUGAAUUAACUCUCUGUACACUUCAAAUAAUAAAUGGUUGUAUAGGAGGUGCAUGGGCUGUGUGUCAAGGUGGUGACAAAGAGAGAUGCCCUUGCUAG